GAGAGAGCGCGCGAGUGACUGGAGAGAUGAGAUCAGGGAUUUAGGAGAGCAUAAAAUUACAUUCACACGUGCAGCUCGGCGUUACGUAAUAAAGCCUGCCUGCCUGCCUCCCUGCUGCUGCCCCGCGCGCGCUCCGCCUGGGCUGGAGGAGAGCACGAGCAGCGAGCGGAUGAGCAAGAUCGCUGGAGCUGCAGCCACAGAAACAAACCCACCAUACAGCCAGCACGAGCAUGCAAAAAACACCAUCAUCUGGGGCUAUGGCCGCACAACUGGACCUUUUCACGAACACCAAGGGUGCUUAAGCUUCAAGCAGCCGAGCAAGAGGAGAAACUGCAUCAGCUCAUCUGACUCUGCCCACCUGGAUGCUGUGCCUGUGCUGCUGGGAUGCUAAUGCUAAUGAUCAGAUAUGCGUAGCUUGCUGAACGGAUUAUACUAACUGAAAGAGGACACAUCUGCCAUUCGAGGUUGUGUGGUGCCCCCUUUAGGCUGUGGCAGGAUGAGGUCAGCGUGGCCGCUGGUGUGGGCAGUGUGUGGGCUGAGCGCGGGGGCUCCCCCUGCCCACGGAGCGUCAGUCAGCCCCAUCCUGCUCGUGAGCACCAUGGCCACGCCCACCGAGGAACAGACCAUGCCCACCAAGCCUCUCAACAUCAAUGACACAGGUGGCUUGAGCUGUGUGUCUCUGCUUCCUCCACGGAGGGGAUCCUACUAUGUGGAGCAAGGCACCGGGGUGUCUGUAGGAUCAAUUCUGGUGUUCUGGUGCCGGGAGGGCUACCAGCUGGUGGGCAGUGAGAAGAUCACCUGCAUUAUGCGUGCAGGCGUCCCUCGCUGGAGCAACUACCUGCCCGCCUGUGAGAGCAUCCCAAAGCCAGAUGACCAGGGUCUGCGCACGGCCCUGCUGGUGUCUGUGGUCAGUGGAGUGGUCAUCCUGGUCAUGACUGUGUCCUUCAUUGUGUGUUGCAUCCAGGAGCGCAUGAGUAAAAAGAAGGAGAAAAAUCGAUCAGGGAGAAGCAGGAGAAGAGAAAAACGCCGUUCAAGAUCCCGAAGGAGUCCAUCCUGGUUGGUGAGGGAGGAGCUGGACUGGGAAGCUUUCCCGCCUCCGAAAAUCUUCAACGUAUCCCAGCGUUUUGAGCGACCAGUGCCCCCCGGUAGCCCUCUUUACCCUGGGGUCACCAGAGGCUACGAGAACAGAGGGUACGAGAGGAGUCAAGAGAGCCUGCUGAGGAGCCCUCAUCCUGGUGUUUAUCACACAGACAGCCAGGUCUACCCUCACCUGGUGCUCCAGAGGGUCCACACAGCUCCAAACCCCCAGUCUAGCCCCACAACCCCAGUCUACCUGCACGUCUCCACUCCUCCCAAUGCCAAGGCUCAGCGCCGCCCCCCUGUUACCCGUCCAUAGACUGAUAAUGAUACCAUCAUAAACAAAUUGUCCUAAUGACUGCCCACACUGGAUGUGGUCAUGGCAACUGUACUUAGACACUCACGAAAGCAAUGGAGAGAUUUUCCUGCCCAACUGGGCAUGGAGACUAAAAUGGUCCCUGUGACCUGGAGAAGCACUUUGUUUUUUUCUACUGUCAAAUCAAUUUAAAGUCUUUUAAAUGUAAAUUAUUUUCGAUUCCAAAUAUAUAUUGUAAAUAUUAUAUAUCCCAUUUGUGGGAGUGCAUGUUUUAUGUUAAUUUCUGAUUAAAUAUUUCAAUGCAAAAUCUUUUAGCUACUAACUGUAAAUACAGCCAAAACCUGUAAAUAUUCUAUAUUUAGAACAGCUUUAGAUUCAAAGACGUUUUAGUUUGAAAUAUACUUAACCUGCCUCUCUCUGGUUGAUUCUGUGUUUGGUGUCAACUGUGGGACACUGAAUUCGUUUUCUUGAAGCACUCUUUGUGAAAAGUGUAAAGUGUAUGUAGUGAACAACUGACCAAUUAUUUAUUAUAUAAAAGUUGUCCCACUAAAAAGUUUAAGCUUUGUAUUUUUAAGUGUGAUUUUUCAUAAGGUGAUGUUGUCCAUAUACUUGUUAUAUUGCUGCCAUUGCACACUUAUAAGCUACCUGAAUAAAACACAGCGAUUACUUUCAAA